AUGUCUGCUCAUCAGGCCGCUACAACCAAUGGAACAGCGGCCAAGCCGCUCAAGGUCUUGAUCGCCGGUGCUGGAAUCGGAGGCCUUUCCGCUGCCAUAGCUCUGCGCGCGGCAGGGCAUGACGUAGAGGUAAUCAAAAUUUUCGAGUCCAGUCGCUUUGCGGCUGAGCUUGGGGCUGCAAUCCACCUCCCACCCAAUGUCAAUGGUGUGUUGCGACGCUUUGGUUUAAAGCCCGAAACCUGGGGAGCCAACGAGACAGAAUGGGUAAGUAUUACUGGCCGGAGCUCCCGCCCAUUCUGUGCGACAUUCUACAAAAAAAAGCUAAGAUAUAAUCGGAAGAAUGUGUCAGGUAUCAAAGAGCAAUAUCGCUGGCCAUGGCAGCUUAGCCACCGCGUUGAUCUGCAUGAGGCUCUCAAAGUAACUGCAAUGUCACCCGACCUUUCGGGGAAUCCCGCAAAGCUCCACUUGCGAAGCAGAGUCGUUUCCUGCGAUCCUUCCAAGGGAACAAUCACGCUCGAAGGUGGACAUAUCCAUAAGGGUGAUCUCAUUAUAGCAGCUGAUGGCGUCCAUUCGACACUUCGUCCAAUCAUUAGUAGUGAAAACAUUCCUACCUUUCCGUCGGGUGGAUGCGCUUUUCGGUUUCUGGUGCCAAUUGCCAAAGCCAAAGCCAACCCGGUCACUGCUCCUCUGGUGGACAGAACCGGCGAUUUCCAAAUUUGGGAAGGAAAGAAUCGUAGACUGGUUAUAUACCCUUGCCGAGAUAAUACUGAACUCAACUUCGUCUGUCUCCACCCAGACGGCGAAAGCCAAGACAGUACUGAAGGCUGGAACAACGCCUCUACAACCGAACAUGUGCUUGACGUAUUCGAUGAGUAUUGUCAGCCAAUGAAGACACUUUUGAGCAUGGCAGACCCCUCAACUAUAAAGCUCUGGAGACUGUGGGACCGAAGAGCUCUGAAUACUUGGGUCUGUGACUCUGCAGCUCUGCUUGGCGAUGCCGCACAUCCAUUCCUGCCUCACCAAGGUCAAGGUGGUGCUCAAGCUAUUGAGGAUGGAGCAGCCUUGGGUGCUCUGUUUCCUCUUGGUACCACGCCUUCAGAGGUCCCUGGGUGCUUGAAACUCUACAUGAAAGCAAGAUACGAGAGAGCUACUAUGGUUCAAAACUUUUCUCGACAGAUGGCAUUCCAGACGAGUGAUGAAGACGAGGUUGGUGGGUUCAGUAUGAAUCCGAUGGAGUUUUCAGCCAAGAACUUUGAUCAUGAUGCUUUUAAGCAUGCACAGCAGCUUCUCGGUUAG